UUAAAAAUGGCCGUCGAUCAGUGAAGUUGUAUACACUUUUUUCGUGUUCCGUGUUUUUCGCUUAAUUUGAUCGUUUAUUUAAAUGUUUUUAUGAAUUUUGGUUUUGCGUUUUCCUUUUUGCCGCCAGCAGCAGCUAAUUGCAUUAAAAUAAAACCAACAAGUUUGGUUUGGUUGGGUGAAAAUUAUUGUGUCGCUGCCGCAGAUGCAGCACAAUAACACCCAGUAAUCAGCACAACUAUCGGCGACAAUGGCAGACAUUGGACAUCAGAAUGCAGCGAGGCGUCAGUGAUUAAAACCAGUCGGAGAGGCCAGCCAGCCAGCAAGUCAGCCAGCCCCAUUGGCACCACCAGCUGAAAAAAACAGAGAGAUCAGAAAAGCCGCUGAAUCAUCAGAACUCGGAGGAGUGGAGCAGAGUACUAGUUUCGAGACACCAAGAUGAGCUCCAAGAGCAGACCUUCAACGGCGAUGCCAAUUAGUAUUAGUAGCUUGCAAGCGAUAUCUAUAAGCCUGCUGAUCACCUGUGCCGGACUGACGAUCGUGGCAGGUUGGAUGCCCGACGUACGACCCGAUUUGCAAACGAAACAAGAUAAAGUCUUGGCCCAUUUUACUGGCAACGCGACGGACUAUUUUAAGAUUUUGGACCACAACGAUGAAUAUGUUCUAGUUGGUGCCAAGGACGUCAUCUACAAUGUGAGCCUAAAUGGCCUGAAGGAGAUUGUGCGUCUGGAGUGGCACAGCACGGAUGCCGAUCGGGAGUUGUGUGCCCUGAAAGGAAAGGCCGAUUGGGACUGCCACAACUACCUGCGCGUUUUUGCGAUGCGCUCGAAUGGCGAAAUGCUGCUCUGCGGCACCAAUUCGUACAAGCCGCGCUGUCGUCAUUACACGCCGGUGGAGGUGUCAUCGGAGGAGAUUGCCUCCGCUGGCCACGCCCACGCCAUGCGCUACGAAGUCAGCCGCGAUGUGGAGGCCCAGGGCCUGUGCCCUUACAGCCCCGCCCACAACAGCACCUACGCCUUCGCCGAGGGCCAGUUGUACAGCGCCACCGUGGCGGACUUCUCGGGCGGAGAUCCCCUUAUCUACAGGGAGAACCUGCGCACCGAACAGUAUGAUCUCAAGCAACUGAACCAGCCGGACUUUGUCGGCGCCAUCGAGAGGAACGGCUACGUGCUGUUCUUCUUUCGCGAACUGUCCAUGGAGUUUAUGAACUUUGGCAAGGCCGUGUAUUCGCGAGUAGCCAGGGUUUGCAAGAACGACCGCGGAGGACCCUAUAGCCACGGCAAGAGCUGGACGUCCUUCCUGAAGGCCCGCCUGAACUGCUCGGUGCCCGGCGAGUUUCCUUUCUACUUUGACGAGAUCCAGGCCAUUAGUCCGAUUGUGGAGAGCGGCUCCAAGUCGCUGGUUUAUGCCGUCUUUACCACCUCUGUGAAUGCCAUUCCGGGAUCGGCAGUCUGUGCCUUCAACGUGGACGAUAUACUGGCCGCCUUUGAUGGAGAAUUCAAGUCGCAGAAGGAUUCAUCGUCUCAUUGGCUGCCAGUGGAGCGGGACCAAGUGCCAAAGCCACGCCCAGGAAAGUGCGUAGAGGACUCAAGAACCCUGUCCAGCGUAGGAGUGAACUUCAUUAAAACCCACCCGCUGAUGGAGGACUCUGUGCCCGCGGUGCACGGUCGUCCGCUGCUCACCAAGGUGAAUCUGCACCACCGACUUACGGCCAUCGCAGUGCAUCCGCAGGUUAAGUCGCUAAGCGGCGCCUACUACGAUGUGAUAUACAGUGGAACCGAUGAUGGAAAGGUUACCAAGUUUAUUAAUGUACUGAGCACCCAUCCGAACUCAACGGUGGAUCGCCUCAAGACGGUGGUCAUAUCGGAGAUGCAGGUUCUGCCGCUGGGCACGCCAGUUAGGGAGCUGGUCAUAUCCACUUCGAAGAACUCGCUGGUGGUGGUCAGUGAUGGCAGCCUGGUCAGCGUGCCCCUGCACCACUGCACCCAUAUUGUGGACUGCCUGGGCUGCCUGAGCCUGCAGGAUCCCAUCUGCGCCUGGGACUUGCAGACGCACGAGUGCAAGAACCUGGCUACCAGUCAGCAUAAGUUCGGCACGAAGACCUACCUGCAGAGCCUGAACAGCACCAAGAAAGCUGCCGCCCAGCUGUGUCCCCAUAUUCCACGUGAUGGUCCUGGUUCGGAGACUCUAAGCUUUGUUACCAUCUCUCCACCGCCGACUGAGGAGCAGAAACUCUUGUACUCCAAUGUGGCUGCCUCGCAGGGCGAUCAGCCGAGCUUGGAACAGCAGCCAACUGGUGGCGAUGACUUUGGACUGAACAAGAUCGUACUUACGUCAAUGGAUCCCGACGAUAUUAUGCCGAAUUUAAAUGAUCCCCAGAAAUCCACAGCCAGUGUCGAUGAAAUCAAGCAGGCUUCAUCACCGAACUUUAUGCUGCUCACAAUUGUGGUUUUCAUUACCUUUUUGAUCGGCGGCAGUGCGGGAGUAUUCUGUGUCAAGGCCAAGAGCCGCCUGAUGGAGGCCCAAAUGGAUGACAGUCACCGCAAUCAUUUCGGCAAGCCAAUACAAUUCAAGCAUCAAAAUACCGGCAAGGAUAUCAAUCUAUUAAUGGGCUCAAAUGCCUACACAACCACACAGAAAACACCCAAUCUGGAUCUGGAAAAGGAUCGCAGUCACGAGUGCAAAAACUCAACGGAACAUUUGGAAAAGGAGUUGCCCUGCAAGACGUCAACGCUGACGAAAGUGAAACGCACUUACAUCUAGUGAGCUUGCCAGGGCAGCCAAUUGCAAAAUUAGUCGAAUUUCUAUACUCUAAAACAUAUUUUCGUUGUUUAUGUUGCUGUUAGUUAUAGUAACCCCCCACCCAUGUCCCGCGAACGAAGUAGACGACAGUGUUUCGGAUGCGUUUGAAACGCGUCUGAAGAGUAGGGCGCAGAAGCUGUUGCAUCUUUUUUUACUUAGCACGUAUUGUAAUUUAAUUUGAUGUAAAAUUCGUAGUAAGUUUAGUUUGUUUGGCAAAAUUUAGUUAAAUCUAUUGACAACAUGGUGUGCGGGCUGCCCUAGCCAUGGGCCAUCUGAAGCAUUCCGCAUUCCCCUGACGUCGACCUUAGCUGUCCAAUAUUGGAGUGCCCGGCUCUUGGCCAAGGCAGCCCGAAUGUGUCGCGCCCUUAUGUGUACUCUAAAUGUAUAAUCUUUAAGUGCAAAUAUUAGAGCUGUAUAAAUUUACCCACAUAUCAUACAUACCGAAAUCGAACUUGAAUAUCCCAGACCCACAGCCCCAAUUAUUUCUCGAAAUUCAAUCGAAUAUUCUACAAGUAUUUUGUUAGACUGAAUGAUUAAUUUUUCUAUAUGAGUUUGUUUGUGGAGAACUAACCGAAUGCGACAUAGACUUUAAAGCUCUAUGCUUUGUGGCUAACAAAAGCGUAAAAUUGUAUCUAACAUAAGCUCAAUAAGGAAUUGAACAUAGAAUGUAAUUAAAAGUACGAACUAGGCUAAGAAACGAACAAAACUUCUAUGAGGCUGUUUGAAAUGAACUGACUCCGCAGCCCCACAUCAUCAUCAUCAUCAUCAUGAUGAUGAUGAAAGCACGCACAACAAAACGGAAAUAAAUAUACAUCUGCAACAACAGCAAGCCUUAUAAAUAGUAUAAAACCGUGUCGAAUCUAGGCCUUAACGCUAAACCUGUAAGCUUUGCAUGAAAAAUAAUGAGCUUGGCAAUGAAAGAAAUCAGCAUUUUAAUAUUUUUAUGUUUAUAUUUAAGCUGUUGUCCGUCCCACUGAAGAAGUUGCAUAAUACAAUGUGUACAAUGGCAAUUUUAAUUUAAAACGUGUAAAAUGCAAUUUUCAUCGUAAUUAAUAUAUAUUUUUAUACGCAUGUCUAAGCCUAAUUGUCAAAAUCUAAUCGUAAGAAAGUCUUCAAAAUGAAAACAAGAGAAAAAAUCCCAAAAAAAGAUACACAUAAAAUAUUUUUAAAUUCUACAAAAAAAGUAACAUAAAGAUAAAAUUCUCAUAUUGUGAUAGAUUUUAUUGAAAUUUUAUAAUGAUGAAAUGAUAUGCCUUUUGGUUGAAAAACAAUGAUAUAUGACGAGAGAGUCUGAUUGCAUGCAUGAUAAUAUUGUGUAGGAAAGAGGGUCUUCCGCUCGGAGGUCCAUAAACCAGAGAACCCGCUAAGGUGUUUAGUUUUUAUUACUGUGUAUGUCUUGUAUUGUGUAUAUUGUUGUAUACAUCCGAUAAGCAAUUCAAAAAUCUAAUAAAGUCGUAAUUUUUUCAUA